AUGGGCGGCUUCUACAUGCAGUACCUCGAGAGCCUUUGCCGGCGCCGUGGGUGGCACGAUCCCAGGUACGAAUGCUACCGCGAUGGCAAUGGCUACACCUGCCUAGUGUUGGUCAACGGGCGCGAGUACCAGACCGAUCUGGCCUACGAAUCCGGCAGCCUGGCGCAGGAGAACGCGGCCAUGCGUGCGUUUAUGGUCUGCCGCAACUUCUCGGUCAACGGCGGCAUGCUGGCCCGCAACGGUAUCGUUCAGGGGCUGCCCGCGGACGAGUCCAGCCGCAGGGCCCGGAAGGGUAGCCGCCACGCCUAUUCUUCCUCCAGUCACGGACACAGGAGCCGAUCUAGCCACCACUCCAGCAGCAGCUCGACCACCUCGCUCGAGUAA